AUGGCCAGCAUCUCAAUCCGAAAGUUUAUUCGAUGGCUGCCGGACGAGGCGAGCGAACCGACGUCCACCCUCGUUCUGACGUCUCCCGAGCGGAGAUUCGUUGACAUACGAGUCUUGUUGGAAGAUGGCAGUGAUGUCCUGCCUGACACUGAGCAAGUUCUGCCCUUGAGUCGUCUAGAUUGGGCAAUAGCGGGGACUUCCUCCUCGACUGUGCUAGCAGACGGACACUCUCAUUCAAAAUGGGUGCACUGGAUUGAUUCUCGUGCUUUGGAAGCGCCCCCUGAUGAGGGAUAUAUGUAUGCUCAGCCGGAUGGACUGAGUACCCUCGAAAAAGGCAGGAUGAAGAACCCUGAUUCUGGAAAAGAUACGGACUAUGAAGAGAUGUGGUUCGAUCCGCCGCCGAAAGCGACAGAUGGUGGGAAUAAGGCGCUUUGUGUCGUGCUUUUGAUGGAGGAUGAAGCAAAGGGGAAGAAGGGGAUGUUUGUGAGGCUGGGGGAAUGGGCGCAGGUGCUUGUGCGGGAUGGGGCUGGGGAGGGUGAUGUUGUUGCUGAGAGGUGGGAGUGGAGGGACGAUGGGUUAGGGUGGAGGAGGAGGGUGAGGCUGGGGGAUGAGAGGAGGAAGAUGCCGUGCGAGGAGGUGCUGAGGGGGGAGACUGAGUUGAAGGUUGGAGGGGAGGUCAAUGUCGGGGACGAGGUCUGGAGGGUUGUUGAGGCUGGUGAGGUGUAA